AUGUUCAGGGUCCAAAUAACAUACGUCGACAAAGAAGGCAAGGAACACACAGUUGCUGCUCCACUUGGCAAAAACUUGUUGGAGGUGGCACAUGACAACGAAAUUGACCUGGAAGGUGCCUGUGAGGGCUCCCUAGCAUGUUCCACGUGCCACUUAAUCUUCGAGGACGAGGACUUCUACAAGAAGGUGCCGGAAGCCACUGAGGACGAGUUGGAUAUGCUAGACCUCGCUUUCGGCCUCACAGACACCUCCCGCUUGGGUUGCCAAGUAAUUGUUACCAAAAGCUUGGACGGCGCACGGGUUCGCAUUCCGGCCGCGUCACGGAACUUCUACGUGGAUGGUCACAAACCCAAGCCCCAUUAGCGGUCACAUCUUACUUCACCAAACGAAAUACCCUACGCCGAUUGUUGUCAGUGCCCAAGUAGUAGCUGUUUAGGCAUUUCCAGCUUGUUUACGUGCGCGCCAUUGGUGUUUGCCAUCACGGACUGAUGUAUGCUGGGCGUGUUUGCUGCGGUUACAUAAAGACUCAGUUGUGAUGCCGUUGGCAGUGUUUCUUGCUAUGAUACGAGGCCUGUGGGGCCCCAGUUUUUCCCAUCUGCAGGAGUGCACGUUUCGUGUACGAACGAGGUCAAAUUACGAUUACACGAAAGGAUUUAAUAUGUGAUAGGUAUCUGAAGCCGUCUGGCUUCCCAAAGCCAUUAUUUGUUGAAUGGUUUGCAGCUUUUAAGGGCCUCGUAUAGGGGACACAGGGGAAAUCCCGCUGACCAUUUGAUUUGCGUGAGCCCGCUUAAGCUGCAAAUAUAUAAACCAGCAUUUCGUUCCUCUUGCAGACAGUAUGGUAUGCGGUAGGGUGGCCACGGCAUGAGGUUUGCCAGGGAUGAUGUUCAACUGUUGGCUAGCGUCCGCGGACACAAACGGCACACUGGGCCCACAAGCGUGUGUCGCGCUCUUGGAGGAGUGCACGCAUCGUUAAACAAAUGUGGCGCAUAGACCAUCAAAAUGUUUCAAAAAAAUUCAAGCUGCAAUAAGCUCCGGAAUUAGUAUGCACAUCCACGAGGUACGGAGUCCGGUGUGAAUGGAAUGAUUUGCACGGGUCAAUCCUUAGAUAAAGAGCCUGCAUGUCGCGACCCGGUUAUUACCCCACCACCACCUCACGCGGCUCCCUCGGCCUUAUCCGCCAACUGCUCAAUGAUGUCGUCCUCGCUGGUGCUCAUCAAGCUGUCGUACGCCUUCUGUAUCUCCUGGAACUUGGCCUUAGCCUCCUCUUGGUUGUUAGGGUGCUUGUCGGGGUGCCACUGCAUGGCCAGCCGGCGAUAAGCCUUCUUGACGUCCAAUUUGGAGGCACCCAGCGGGAGCUCAAGCAGCUCGUAGUCCUGCCGGCCGAGGAACGAUGAAAGUGGACAGUGGUUGCCAAAAGUUAUCGCAUACAAAAGGUGAAACGGAACAAACCGGGCUACUGCCCACCUGCUGAGCCCGGCGGCGUUCGCGCUUACGUUCGUACUCUUUCUGCCGGUUCUUUUGCUUCUGCUCUUUGUUUUCUAUGGCCUCCAUGAUCAUGCGCUCCAACCCACAACGGAAGGUGCC